AUGCCUCCACAACAGCAACAGCAAGCCGCAUACACUUUCUCAUGGACAUUACGAGGCUUCAAUGAACUUCAUCGACAGAUGUCCCCGUCAAAUUUCGCCUAUUCGGAUCGUUUUCAUUCCCCAAGGGGAA